AUGUUGCUGCUCAGCAGAAGUGCCAACUGUCAAGUUGGCGGAUUUGCUUUGGCAUCCAUAGCAUGGAUCCUUUGCAGCGUCUCCACAGGCCUGCCGCAGUGGCGAGUGUGGUACUUGAAUGAAAGCCUGUACUCUGAGCCUUCGGUAGCCUUUAUAGGAAUGUGGAGAGUUUGCAUUUACCGCCAAACCAUCAAGGUCAACAAUGCCAGAGAGUGUCAUGACUACACCUAUCAUGACAACUUUGUUCCUUGGAAUAUUCGUAUCGUUCAACAUCUGUUACUGGGCUCCAACAUUCUCGGGUUAUUUGGGACACUUGCCACCAUUUUUGCUCUUCGGAAUGUGUACACACGGAAAGUACCCAAGAAUGCCACCUACAAUCCGUUCAUCAUUUCGGCCAUUCUCAACAUUGUUGCUAGUACCUUCGUCCUCCUUGCUGUUUUAUGCAAUUAUUUCUCUGUCAUUCACAAAGCAGGAAUUGCCUUCCCACCAUAUUUCCAUAUGCCUUUAUAUCCACCUAAUCAGAGAAUUGGAAUUGCUAAUGUAGUGGCAAGUCUAGCUGCCCUCAUGUUUUUAGGCACUGGCAUUAUUUUCCUUUCGUACACUUCUCCUGUGGAAACCCAAGUAUAUCCUGACGUUUGA